UCAUGUAGCAAUGAGCGCGCCUACUUCAAAGCGACACGCGCAACACACACCAACACCACCAUCUCCCUUCCUAUCAAUUUCAGAGCUCGUACUUCCAUGGCUAACACCUCAAGAACUCGCUUCCAUAUCCUGCACCUGCCACACCCUAUCCCACCUCUCCAAACUCAUCACCACCGUCCGAUCUUCCGAUGCUUCCAGAUUAUUCGAACCUCUUCCCAUUCCUUUCAUCAACACCGUUGAUUCUCACUCCUACACUUUCUUCCUCUACACCCCCACUUACCUUACCUCUUCCCCCAAUUUUUCUCGUCAAUUUUGGGGCGGUAGAAUAAACCCUAACCCUAAUUGUAAUACCCAUUUCAAUUUUGAUUCUUUUCUGGGAGUUUCUGACUCUGUUGGGUGUGAUUGUGGUGAGAUUUGUGAUGAGGAUUGCUCUUGUGCGGUGUUGUGGGGUGGUGAGAUGAGGACCGAGUGCGGAACGAGUUGUGAUUGUGAAUUGAAUUGUGGGAAUCGGGUUACUCAGAUGGGUGUUAGUGUUGAGUUGAAGAUUGUUAGGGUUGAGAAAAAGGGUUGGGGUUUGUUUGCUGCUCAGUUCAUUCCUGAGGGAAAGUUUGUCUGUGAAUAUGCAGGUGAACUAUUGACAACUAAAGAAGCAAAGAGACGGCAACAAGUGUAUGACGAACUAGCAAAAGGUGGCUGUUUUUCAUCUGCUCUUUUGGUGGUGCGGGAGUUUCUUCCAUCAAGAAAAGCAUGUUUCAGGAUCAAUAUUGACGCCACAAGAAUUGGUAAUGUUGCACGAUUUAUAAAUCAUUCUUGUGAUGGCGGCAAUCUGUCCGCAAUACUGAUUAGAAGUUCAGGAGCUCUAUUGCCCCGGGUUUGCUUUUUCGCUUCCAGAGAUAUACAGGCAGGGGAAGAACUUAGCUUUAGCUAUGGAGAUGUUAGGCUUAGACCGGAAGGGUUGCAUUGUUUUUGUGGUAGCUCUUGCUGUUUCGGCAUCUUGCCCUCAGAAGACACAUGACAGACAAUUGCUACCGUUCUGAAUAU